AUGUCCACCGAACCUACUGUGGCGAAAGCCGAACCCGCUGUGGUUGGAACCGAAGAACUCGGGGGAGAUGCGCACCAUACUCCGGCCGUCUCGCCGCGACGGGUCUGGUUCCGCACCACGCUCGUCCAGAUCCUCGUCGUCGGUAGCUGUGCCUUCACCGCACCGGGAAUCUGGUCUGCCAUGAACGGCUUAGGUGUGGGGGGUUCGGAGAAUCCUAACCUUGUCAACGCGGCCAAUGCCAUACUGUAUGCAUUCAUGACGGUGACAUGCUUUGCCGGGCCUUGGGUAACCAGUCUAAUCGGCUUCCGCUGGACACUGGCUAUCGGGACCUUAGGCUAUCCACUAUACGCCGCGGGUCUCUAUGUCAACAAUCGGUCCGGUACUACCUGGUUUGUAUAUUUCGGUGCUGUGUGCUGUGGUAUCAGUGCGGGCUUAUUCUGGAGCGUUGAAGGCGCCAUUGCUACGGGCUACCCGGAAUCGCACAAACGAGGUCGCUACCUUGCCACCUGGUUUACCUUCCGCGACUUUGGCCUACUCAUCGGUGGAGCUAUUUCGCUCGCUCUUAAUCACUCAAUCAAACACCUAGGUCAAGUGGGAUACGGAACGUACCAAGCCUUUAUUGCCAUUCAAUGUCUUGGAUUCUUCUUUGCCAUGCUACUCUCCGAACCCGAACAGGUACAGCGUGAUGAUGGGACCCGUAUCGAGGCGCCUAGGGGCGUUCACUGGCGCGUUCAAUUUAGAGAAAUGUGGCGCCUGGCCAGGAGUAAAGAGAUUCUCCUCCUCGUGCCACUCUUUUGGUAUUUCGGCUGGUGUCAAGCUUACCCCGGUACUUAUUUGGAGACAUAUUUUACUGUCCGCUCGCGCGCCCUAGGGAGUCUAAUGUCGUCGAUCAUGAUGAUAAUCGGCACCUGGCUCGGAGGUGUCCUCGUUGACUUACCCUGGUCAAAAAGUCGGAAGACACGAGCUGUGGUUACCUACUCCUUUAUCGCCACGAUUAACACUAUUACGUGGAUUUGGUCGGUCAUCAUUCAAAACAAGUUUCGCCACACUCAACCUAUCGUGGACUGGUCGGACCAGCACAACUUUGCCCCUGGAUUUGGCGUAUACAUGUUUCAGUUCCUCAGCACGGCCAUGGUCGAGAACUACAUCUACUGGUGUAUCGGCAAUCUCUCAGACUCUCCCGGUCAACAAAUCCGAUUUAGCUCUCUCCUUCGAGGCAUCGAAACAGCUGCGGUUGCCGUGGGAUUCGGAGUGCAGGCUGUUCCAACGGUUCUGAUUGCCACGGCGAGUAUCAAUCUUGCCUUCUGGAUCAUCGCACUCCCUUUUUCUUAUUACGCAACUGUGCAGGUCAUUCGCAAGUGGGAACAAAUUAAGAAGGAGAAGGAGGCGCACGAGCUAAACCUCGAGAUAGAAAUUGGGGAUCAGACCACCGGGGAGAAAGAGAAUACGACGAAAUAA